UCUGUUCUUCAUAGCAAACAUUUCGCUCGUCCUCACCCACGGACCUGACAUGUCAUAUAUUAUGUUUUUUUCGGCCUGUGACUGUGAAAUAACUUGGUUUUAGACAAAGACCGAUCUUAAAAUGACGUUUCCUCUCGAGAAGCAACUGGAGAAGGGAUCGUUUGAUCAACCGUAGAAGAAAUUUUACACGUUUAAACUGUUCGUGGCUGAACAAUGAAUCCACUGGAGUGGGAAGAUGUAUUGCAAAGACUCGGGAGACAUCUGGACCAAAACAACAGCGAAGUUAACAACAACAUGGGAAAGGCUUUAAGAACUAAUCACGAAUACAUGAGCUACGCUGUCGAUGCACCUCACAGCAGCACGGAGGUGGACAUGGAGUGGGAGGAACUCAGUCCCAACAUCCACAACUUUGACAGCGGGGAAUCAGAAGUGGAGAACCCAGAUGGAGAACCACUUCACGUGGAAGAAGAUUUACUUGACUUGGAGUUGGCAAGGAAACAGAGAGAGCUCAGAGAGAUCGAGCAGCAAAUACUGUUCAAGAAAGCUGCCAUUGCUUUGAAAACAGUCGCCCCAGGCAUUUCCUGUAAGGGACAGUCGGCUGCAUGCAAUGGUGAAACUCUACAAGACAGAGUGACUUUGAUUCUGCAGGAGCGAAAUUCACACGGAAAUCUGCCAAAGCCCAGUUCACCCAAACGGACAACAAACUUGUUCCUGCUUGAAGAUCAUCCACUGAAGCUGAGGGUGAAGGCACUGAUGAAGCAGAGAUGUUGUGACCCCCGUGUUUUACCUGUAAACACACAGGUCCCUGACGUCAUACCUCCUCCUCCUGCUCCUCCUUCUCCCAGACAAAAUGUUAUUUCACCAGCUCGGGAGGAGAGCAGUGACAACAUUGGUUUCCAGCGUUUCCUCAGUGUCCUCAACAAAGGAGUGGACAUGGACUUUCUCAGCAGGAUCGUCAACGAUGACAGUGAGGAACUCGCUGUCGGCGAGGAUCUCCUGAUGGUUCGCGCCCCUGCUGUGGAGGCUGAGAGUCGGCCUUCACGCAGCGCAGCCUCCCUAACGGACUCCCUGUGUGGUGAUGAGGUGAAGAAGAAGAACGACAGAAGAGAUGACUCUUUAGGAUCUAACAGUCCAUCCAAGUCUCCCCCAGCAGUGAAAAAGAAGAAGACAGAAGAAGAAAUGCCAAAGGCGGCUGUGCAGCAAGAACAGCUGCAGAACAUUCUUAAAACACUGGGGUUAAACCUGGAAGUAGAAGAGCUGAACAAACUGACAGACCGGACUCAGGAGAGGCUGUAUGGAAAGAAGAAGGAACAUGAGGAGGUUUCUGCUGUGAGGCAGGAGCGGGAGAGUCGUCGCUCCAACAGACUUCACAGAAGCUCCUCGUCUGAAUCAUCAUCAUCAUCAUCAUCAUCAUCGUCCUCCUCCAGUUCCACCUCUCGGAGCUUCAGCCCUUCUCGUCAAUCCUCUCACAGCGGAGACACAAAACCAAGGCGAGUGUCUGAAUACAGCAGCCGUGACAGUGAAGCAGCUCUGACGCAGGACAGAAGAGACCCCACAGAAAUCUCUGCUUAUCAAUAUCAGUCCCACCCGCCUGCGUUCCCUACGUUUACAGAUUACAGUUUGCCUCAGUACUCCGAGUACACGGCCAACGACAGCGACGCCUCAACUUCAUACUCGGCGUACACGCGAGCCGCCGUUCCUCCCGCCAAGUAUCCUUAUCCUCCCAUCACGGAACACUACUUCCCUCGUCGCAGUUUGUUUGAGGACAUUAACCUGCUUGUGAAUCCAGACUUGUCCACCAGUGAAGGCCAGAGUGGAUCUAACCAACGCUGCCUGCGGGUCAUCAAACCCAACCAGGCGGCCCGUCAGCCGUGUCUGAAAGAGCUCACCAAAAAGAAGAGGAAGUCAAACUACAUUAGGAAGUGUCGGAAAUGGUUUCACAAGUUAAGGGAGAGAAAGAAGAGAGGAAGACAGAAGUGCUUGAAUCCCCUACAACACACUAGGUUUGCUGUGCAGACGCUGCAGGUUUCACAGGGAGACGGAGCUGAUCUACAAACUCAGCCCAAAGAGGAAAAACGGCCGCGGACGGAGGAGGAAAUCAAGAUGAACCUGAGGAGAAAGCUUGAAGCGUUUAACCAGAGGGCAAAACAACAAGUCCCACAGCCGCCCAGACCUCUCACUUCUCAGACUGAAUCUGCGGAUAAUCUUCUUGAAACUCAGCCUUGACAAACCACAUGGACUGUGACGUUACACACGCACACACACACACACACUUUCGUCGUGUUCCACUAAAUUAACUGUUCAAAAUUAAUGUUUUUGUGACGUUGGUCAAGACAUUUCUGAGCUCACACCAUGUCUUUGUAUCUGUUUGUACUUCAUGCUGUUUACAUUUGUUUAGAAAGAAAAAUAUUUAAUUCCACUUUGAAAUAUUUUCGUUUGUUGUUUAUCAUUACUACAUUAUUAUUAUUAUGCUUAUUAUUAUUAUUAUUAUUAUUACAUUAUGCUUAUUGUUCUUAUUACUAUUACGUGUAUUAUUAUUAUUAAUAAUAAUAAUAAUAAUAAUAAGAAGAAGAAGAACAAUUAUAAUAAUUGUAAUAAUAACACCUGUUGCACUAAAUAACGUUUGUGUUAAAAAACAGGAUAAAAAAUAUUUCUUAUUUAUUGAAAUAAUUGUUAUUGUCAUUUAUCAAAGUACAUUUUCCAAUAAUCACAAAUUUGAAUUUUACUUCUUCAUUUCUCAACAUUCAUCAUAACUAAUGCACUUAUUACUACUUAAAAAUAUUGAAAUACUUAAAAUGAGUCAAGCCACUUUUCUUACCUUUACAGCGCCAUAAAAACAUUUAAAUGGUUCUUUCUUCGUCACAAUGAUGUUUAAAGUAAUGCACAGAGUAAUAGAAAAACAGCUUUUCUUUCACUAGUUUGGACUUUCUUUUUAAUUUUCUACACACUGGUGCUGAGAAGGUUCUCACAAGCUGCUGUUCCUCAUGUACAAAUAUGAUGUGUGGCUUAUUGAGAAACUAAAAAAGUACUUUCAUCCCUAACAGCAUCUACUCAGACUGUAUUUCAUACAAAGCACUACUGCUUUGGAAGUUGGAAAUGAUGAAGUGUUGCUUUUGUGGCGCAAACCUUUUUUUUCUCUUUGUAUUAGUAAGAUCUCGAUCGUUUGGCCCUAAGACUGUAGAGCAGCCAUUCCCCAACGUGUGUGGUUGUGUGUGUGUAAAGUAACAUUAGAACUCUGUACAUCCGUUCUGUCAAAGUCAUAACUGGGAUGUUUGUUUUGCAUAAAAAACAAUUCAACUAA